AUGUGGAUGGGGGGCGGUAUCACGCGCGCCAGUGCCGUCGUCCCGCCAGCGCCGUUAGCCAUGCUAACCGCGGAGCAGCACGUCUCGGACCGCACGAGCUCACGAAGAUCCGGAUAAACAGCAGCAGCGCGCGAACAGUCUACUGCUGAGGCUCGAACCGCGCCCGGGGGAGGGGAGGAGAAAAGACCAGAAAAGAAAGAAAAGGGAAAAGAAAGAAAGGAAACAACAACAGCGGCACUGCGGCUUCAUGGCACUGAGCUAUGAUUCACUCUCUUGCAGCAGCGAUGAGCAGCCACCUUCCGAACGCCUCUUCCUCUUCCUCCUCUCCCUCCUCUUCUUCCUCCUCUCUGGGUGGCACAUGGAUCUUGCCGGACGGCCGUAACUCCUCUCUGGUGCGGAGCGGGGCAGAUCUGCGCCCGCUGGCCCCUGUUAGCCCUUGGGACGUUGCCCUGUGUGUCACCGGUACACUCAUCUCCUGCGAAAAUGCUCUGGUUCUGGCAGCUCUCUUCUACGCUCCCAGCCUACGUGCACCCACCUUUAUCCUCAUCGGCAGCCUGGCUGUGGCUGACCUGCUGGCUGGCCUUGGCCUAGUGCUCAACUUCAUCUCCAUCUAUGCGCUGGACACUGAGUUGGCCACGCUGGCCUCUGUGGGGCUGCUGAUUGCUGCCUUCUCAGCAUCUGUCCUCAACAUCCUGGCAAUCACAGUGGACCGCUACCUUUCACUGUACAAUGCUCUUACCUACAACACGGAGCGCACUCUUACUUUCACUUAUGCCAUGCUAGCACUCAUCUGGCUGGUGUGCGUGGCGCUGGGCCUGCUGCCUGCCUUGGGCUGGAACUGCCUGGCUGAUGAGGCACGCUGCAGCGUGUGCCGCCCAGUGACCAAGAACAAUGCCGUGGCACUGGCCGUCACCUUCCUGCUGGUCUUUGCGCUCAUCAUGCAGCUCUACCUGCAGAUCUGCAAGAUCGCCUUCCGUCACGCACAGCAGAUCGCCGUGCAGCAGCACCACUUUGCCGCCAUCUCCACCACCAAGGGAGUAUCCACGCUGUCCGCAAUCCUGUGCACCUUCGCCGCCUGCUGGAUGCCCUUUGCCAUGUACUCCAUCGUGGCCGACUCCAGUUACCCCACCAUCUACACAUAUGCCACUGUGCUGCCAGCCACAUGCAAUUCGGUCAUAAACCCCAUCAUUUAUGCAUUCAGAAACCCAGAUAUCCAGAAGUCUCUCUGGCUGGCUUGCUGCGGAUGCAUCCCGACCAACUUCUCCCUCCGGCCAAGGACGUCCAGCGACGUUUAGAGCAGAUCAACUGAAGACUUUCUGAGAUGUUACUGAGGACCUUACUACUACUGCGGGUCUACUGUGUAAGUGUUUAACGCUAUGCCUGCAUAGCGGGUGGAUACAUGAUGGAUCUUUUCUACCAAACACAACAGCCAACAGUAGUGGCAACAACAGCAUCAACAACAAAGAAACCCCAACACACCUGUAUAUACACUUCAAUGUCAUUGCAGUACCAACUUUGCUUAUCGUGCUGUGUGGUCACUGAGGUUAAAAAUCUCAUGACUUGUCCACUGUAGUAUAACACAACGUUUUUAGUGCAGUAAGUUUCAUCACCAUUAUGAAGGCAAUGCACAUAUAUUUAUCUUAAAAUUGGAAAGAAGGAUAUCUAAAGGUCAGUGAAACACAAGACCCAGACCUAGUGAGUCAAAGAACCCAAUUCUGGCACUCUAAAAAGGAAGUGCUCUUUUUUUCCCUCAUGGACUUGGCCAUAGCAGAGCAGCAUUGAUUUUUUUAUAGCCCGUAUUUAGCUAACUAGUCCAAAUCUGCUGCCCAUCUCAGCAAGCCCAUUAUGAUGCCAAGGAAGCCUCUGCAAAGUUCUCAAAGCCUCUUUCUUUAUCAGUUGACAAUGCAGCUGGUAAACCAGUAGACAUAGAGGAAGCACAGUGCGUUUUAAACGCCCUUGAUAAAAAACAGCAACUUCAAGGAGAAGCUUCAGGAGUGAAAAAAUGGCACAUAUUGGUUAUUUCAGCCAACUGUGCUGCACUGUUGACUGUAUUUGUUCUUUGCCUGCAAAACUUGGUUAUUAGUUCAUUAGUCAACAAACCACAGAAGCAUUUUGGUUUAAUAUAGUAAUAGAUUUAAAUUGUUCAGGACCAUGGACAGCGGCUGGCAGAAAAGCAUGGCUGUUCCUGUGCAUUUCUUUUUUUUUCACACCAAGCUCCUUCCAUGUCCCUUUAAAAAUGUAUGAAUGACAUUAAGAAAAACAAGGUCCCACUAGCAAAAUUUCACACGCUUCAGUGAAAGCUGACAAUCUGCCGUUUUGCUGCCUGCCAAAUCCACUGCUACUUCGUUAGCUCAUUGUUCUGCGACGGAUCGUUGUUUUCACAACUUUGGUAGGUGAUGAAAAGGAUGUCAGAGAAACAGAGUGAUUGAGGCUCUCACAUGAAUUUGAAUGAGAUGUUUAAUUGGAAAUCUGAGCGAAAUCUACCAGACACAGUCAUGGCAGAAGAAGGCAUUAAUAGGUUACAUUAUUCCAAUUUAUUCAAGGCUUUAUUAUUCCUCUAGAAUGGAGGACUGUGUUUGAAUCAUUAUUAAGCAAUUUUCCAAGAGCUCUGGUAAGAUGAGUAUAUGGACAGGGGUUGCUGCAAGUGAAGAUCAUUAGUAAAUGAUCUAAGAUGACAUCUUUCAUAUUGUCGCUGGAACAAAAGUUUGUAUCGCUAGGAGAAGGACAAAACAUUCUUAGCCUUCAAUGUAAGUCAAUGUAGGGAGAUUCAAUUCCAAGAAACUUUAGACAAUUUCUAUUGGUCUAUUUUGUUAUGAAACAUUCACACAAUGUAAGACAGUUGGCACUUCCAUACCAUGUACAGUACCAUCCAAAAGUCUGAGACCACCCUUCAUUUAUUUAAAUUCCAGAUUAAACAGCAUUUAAGAACAAGGAAAAUAACAAAAAAAGGAGUUUCCAAAAUAAUUAUUAAAAAUACAGAGAGAAAGUGGGACUUUCAAUGCCAGACCUGGUAGACCAUCAAAACUGUCACCAUCAAAUGAACAGUGCUUAAAUUAACUCAAGUCUUGCUUCAGAUCUUAAAAUCUUGCUUCAGAUCUUGAAAGAGAUCUGUUUGCUCUCUUUCACGGUGAGAAGACAACACAACACUACGAGUCUGAAAGGAUAAGUAGCUGUCAAGAAACUAUGACCUGACCACCCCAUGGUCCAGAUCUCAACACCAUUGUGUUUGGGGACAUUGGGAUCACAAGAAGCAGAAAAUGCAACCAACUCCUAAAACUGAACUUUGGAAAAAAAAUCUUUGGAAAACUGAAAGCAAGAAUGGAAGCUGUAAUGAAGGUCAAAGGCAGACACAAAAAAUGCUGAAAAAGAUGUAUUUAUCUGAGAGUCUUCUUUGUAAGUUUCUUUCCUGUUGUUGAAAAAUUAAUAACCUCUACUUACAGACUGUUAUAUCUGAAAUGAAAUAAAUAAUGGGUGGUCUCUAACUUCUGCAAAGUACUGUAAAAAAAAAGCAGAAUAUGACAGCAAUAAUAUGAAAUUGCAGCCUCCAUCAAGACUUAUGUGGUCAGAAAGCCUGGCUAUCCAGCAAGCAUGCGCAUAGUUCUACAUUCAUAAAUAGCUCAUAUUGGGAUCAGAUAACUAGGCCAGCAGACCCUGGAUGGAGUGGUUUGAAUCAAGGUUAAUGAUUACUUUGAGUCUCCAACACAGUAUUUUCAGAAUGGUGCACAUACAGCACAUAAAACAGAUGCUGGUAUUCCUCAUUUCCAUCUAAAAGUAACCAAACAAAGACAGCAAGCUUAACAGCGCCUUGUGUUUUUCAAGGGGAGAGCCUCAUGAUCUUUUGUCGCCCCUCAUUUGAAACGUAUGACCUUAUUUUUGGCCUUAUUUUCUUGCUCUUUGCAAUAAUCUAUCAAUGUGUGCUGUCCAUUGAUAAUGCUACAAUCUCAAUGAGGCCAUCAACAGAGCUAAUUUAACCUUAUGACUUGAACAAACUAAGAUGCAGGUUGGACAGUGGGUUCUGUUCUUUGAAGCGGAAGUGUGGUGCUUUGAAACCAGCUGUGGUGGUUUGAAAGUAGACCUUGAGAACACACAUACACACAUGCUGGCCCACUCUGACUAACCUCAGCCAUUUGGUGACCUACACUAUAACUGAUGGACUUUCUUCUGGAGCUGUCACACAGUCUGGACACUGUGGACACAUGCUCCAUUCGACAUUUAUUAGAAAACGUGUGUGUGCGAAAGAAAAAGAGAAAUAGAGCUAAUUGUAUGUUUAUAUAGUACUCACUCAUAUCUUGAGUGGGGUUCAGUGACCUAUCACACUGUGCCCCCCUUUAAAGAAAACAAAAUAAUAAUAAUCCACCCCACCUUAAUACAUAACAAACACAUACAAAUAUUGAUGUUCUGAUGCCAAUCUGUAUUGUUAAGUAUCGUAUCUCCACAGAACUAUACUCAAUGGGAUGCCAUAGAUUCAGUUUGUUCAGGGGUACUACGGUUAUUUUUCUUAUGCAAUGCUGUAUGGAUACAUUCUAUUUUUAUACACAUCAGGGCAUGAGUUUUAUGACAUGGUGGCGUCAAUGUGUGCGUGUGUGUAUGUAUAUAAUAUCUGUAUUCUUAUUGAUGGUUUCUUAAAAAAAAAGAAAGACAGAAAAAAACACAAGCAAAUUGAGUGUUGGCGAUGCGAAAAGUGCCAUAAUUUUAGUAGUGUCUUAC